CCUCCCCUCAUCCUCGCUAACCUGUAUCUACAUGAUGCAACACUAGGACGGCCUUCCGUCGCGGAAAACAAGCACUUAUUCAAUUAGAAACUUUGUCUCAAAUCUCCCUCUCACGGCGUCGCUCGUUCUGCACUUGAUCUCCGUCUUCUCAUGUCCAAUCCCUCUGAGAAGGGACCUUCCUCCCGGAAUCUCUACGAUGAUACUCUGUCAGGCUCUCAAGACCGACCAUUUGUCCCUCGAUUGAAAUCGGACUCUACUCCAUACCAUCCACUUCCUCACAGUCUCGUUGAGUUUCGCGAGCAGGAAGGCAGGGCCAAUAGGAAAGCGCGCUUACGCGAACUUUGGCUGAGACUACCACCCCUGGAACCACACUCACCAGACCAUGAAGACCCAAAUGCUAGCGGCUCGUCGAUAGUCAAGGACUACGCGUCGCUCACGCCUGAGCGCGCGAAGAAGAUACGAAAUAUGUAUGAGCAGGAGUUGGCAGGCAGUUGCGGCAACGAGACGCCAGGGCGGAUACCGUGGAAGCAGUUCGUGACUUAUGCUCAGGAUAAGGAGGUUGAGCUUUGGAGGGUGUUUCACGAUGAACUCGAUCUCGACGGUAAUGGCCACCUUGACCCCGAGGAACUACGCCUCGCACUCCAGAAAGCAGGAAUUCCUUUAGAACCCUCCACAUUAUCCGACUUCAUGGCAUCGUUGACUUCAUCUCCACAUUCACAUUCCAUCAGCUUUCGCGAGUUUCGGGACUUCUUGCUACUCCUCCCGCGGAAGGUAUCGCCAGCAGAGAUAUACCAGUAUUAUGAAGUUAAGAAGUUCCUUGGAGAUGACGGCAGAGGGGCUGCCAGAGUGACCAUGGAAGGGGACGUCAGCCUCAGCGCAGAGGACAAACCACCAGAUGCAAGACCGCAGUCCUCUCCUCUCGUUGACGCUGCGGCGACGCCAAUAGACCACGACCAGGAAGGAUUCGAUGGCGACGAGGAGGACGAACUCUUUGUGGAUGAUGAGCCUGAGGAGGACCAUCAUUCGUGGCUGAAAAGCACAGCGCUCAGGUUCCUUCUGGCAGGUGGAAUCGCCGGCGCAGUGUCGCGAACGUGCACUGCGCCCUUCGACAGGUUGAAGAUUUUCCUUAUCACUCGACCGCCAGAUCUGGGAGGGACUGCACUUUCCUCCGCGUCACCAGUACAGGGAACGAAGGCUAUUGCAAAUGCUAUCGCACGGAUAUACGCUGAAGGGGGCGUUCUGGCUUUCUGGGUCGGAAACGGAUUAUCGGUCGCUAAGAUCUUUCCCGAAUCCGCCAUCAAGUUCUAUACCUAUGAAACCUCCAAACGGAUGUUCGCACGAUACGUCGACUUUGUAGAUGAUCCUAGAGACAUAAGUGGGACAUCAAGGUUUCUUAGUGGUGGAAUGGGUGGAAUUGCUAGUCAACUCAGCAUAUAUCCCAUCGAAACACUGAAGACCCAGAUGAUGAGUAGCACCGGAGAGCCCCGCAGGACUCUGGCUUCUGCUGCCAAACGCCUCUGGGGUCUUGGUGGAUUUCGGGCCUAUUACAGAGGACUUGGUAUCGGCUUGAUUGGUGUAUUUCCCUAUUCCGCCAUCGACAUGAGCACCUUCGAAGCGCUUAAAUUGGCCUACCUGCGAUCUACAGGCAAAGAGGAACCGGGAGUUCUCGCCUUAUUGGCUUUCGGCAGCGUCUCCGGAAGCGUUGGGGCCACGAGCGUCUAUCCUAUGAACCUCGUUCGCACACGAUUGCAGGCCUCUGGGUCGCCUGGGCAUCCUCAGAGAUAUACUGGCAUCAGGGAUGUGAUUUUGAAAACAUACGAGCGAGAUGGUUGGCGUGGGUUCUAUCGCGGGUUACUGCCCACAUUAGCCAAGGUCAUUCCUUCCGUGUCGAUUUCCUAUCUUGUCUAUGAGCACAGCAAGAGGAGGUUGGGUGUUUAGUUCGCAUUAUCUUAAAGUAUUACUCUCCUUUAGAUUCUAUUGGCCUCCCUUGGUCUGCUACUCUGGACAUUGUAAUCAUUUAUUUACUCACUGGUCGCACGACGAAUUACUUGCUUCCACGAUACUGGGAAUGCUAUCAUU